AUGGAUGAAAAACAAACUAAUUCAACUUUAAGACGAUAUAAUUUGAUUAAUAAUGAUCAUAUCGAUGAACAACAAAGAAAUAAUUCUAAUCAUCAACAAAUCAUUCCUAUUUCAAUCGAUCAUUUAACAACAUCUGCAUCUAUUUCACAUAAACAACGUCGUUGUUCAAUAACAAAUGAACCAUCUCUAUCCACACAGCUAUCAUCGAAUAAUCAAGAUUUUAUUUAUGAUCGGAAUACAACAAUAGGAACUCGAAAACGAUCAGCACAAGAUGAUAUAGUUACUUAUACAGCACAUCAUUUUCUUCGGGAACAUGAACAAUAUACUCACAAACGAGCUCGAUAUGAACAUUCGAAUAAAAUUGAAUUAGAAAAUCAACCACCACAUUCAUCUAUAAAACGUCGAUCUUUAAUAUUUCAACAGCAACAAGAACAAGAUCUACUAUCAUCAACAUGGAAUAAUCUUCGAACAUCAAAUGAAAUUCCACUUCUAUUCAAUAAUAUUAUUCCAUCUGUACCACGUCUAUCAACAACAACAACAGCAUAUCAUCGAACAAAUAGUGCACCUAAUCAUGAACAUAAUCUAUCCGAUCAUCAUUAUUCACCAUUAAUAACUGAAUAUCAUCAUUCAUCAAUUUUUCAUAAUAAUUCAAUAAUAACAACAAAUCAAAAAAGUACAAUACCAAAAUCUUCAAAAGAUAAUCUACGUUUAUUAUCACCACAAUCAAAUGGUUCUAGUCCAUUACGUACAACAAAUUUUAUAUUUGAUAAUAAACAACAAACAAUAAUUCGUACAGGAAAUAUCUCACCUGCACAUUCAGAUUCAUCUAGUGAAUCAACAUCAACAUGCUCAUCAGAUGAACAAUUACAUCAUCAUCAUUAUCAUUUUCAUCAACCACAACCAUGGCGUACUUAUCGCGAAAGAGAAAAUUAUGAACAAUUAUUAGAUCUUGCUGAAAAAUUAUCUGAUCCAAAUCGUUUUAAUAAAGUUGAUAUUCAACAAUUUAUUUCUUAUCGUUAUAAAACAUCAACAUUAUCAUCAAAACAAACAGCUUGUGUUAUUUGUAUGUCACAUUUUAAAAAUGGACAACAUAUUCGUGUACUUCCAUGUCAACAUGAAUAUCAUUCGAAAUGUAUUGCACGUUGGUUUACAAUGAAUUCAUCAUGUCCUAUAUGUCGUCGAGAUAAUUUUCUAUCUUCGUGCUGA